GUGCUACGAAGAGCUCGUGCUAUACCGGUGCGACAGCGCUCGCGUCUCAUUGACAUCAUUCGCAUCAUCCCGCUGAUGCGCGUCGCGGGAUAGAUGGAGGAGAACACGGGCUCAUCGCGAGUGCGCGGAGAUUCUGCAGAGUAAAGCAGACCAACGAGGCACUUCAAACCGUUUCCUCUCAACACAACGAGCAGACGUUAAUAUUUUGAAGACUUGCACUUUAUUUUACCACGAUGCUCGGUUCUUAAACAGCAUUUGGUUAUGCAUUUUCUUUGGUGACUAACACUUUCUUUACAACUUUGUGAGAGAUCGAGAUCAAGUUUGAUGUGAAGACUUGGAUGUCACACUUUUGCGCAUCUUUUUUACCAUAUCAACAUGUGGCAUGGGUCUUUUGGGCUGGAUCCCACACGAACGUCCUGGAAGAAGAGCUGGAGAGGAGAUCAUGAUUCACACUAACUGCAUGAAGAAUUUCCGUGUGUUAAAAUGAAUGAUAAACCCAACAAAUGGAUUUUCAUCCCAAUUUUAGCCAUUCUUUUUGUCCUGAUUGGGUACCAGUAUAUUUGUCCGGCAGGCGGUCAGGCUUGCCAUUUUAGGACAGGAGACAAUCUCGUUAGGAUCGGUCCCCCGUCCACUCCAGACCCGACCACCGAUGACCCGGAGGAAGACAUCCCACCUAAAUGUGCGUCCAAAUUCAACUUCACGGAGCGCGAUCUGACACGCGACGUCGAUUUCAACAUCAAGGGGGAUGAUGUGAUUGUGUUUCUGCACAUUCAGAAGACAGGCGGGACCACCUUUGGCAGGCACCUGGUCAGGAAUAUUCGCUUGGAGCAGCCGUGCGACUGCAAAGCGGGACAGAAGAAAUGCACGUGCCACCGGCCCGGUAAGCAGGAGUCCUGGCUCUUCUCGAGGUUCUCCACUGGCUGGAGUUGCGGUCUGCACGCGGACUGGACGGAACUGACCAACUGCGUCCCUGUGAUAAUGGACAAAAGGCAGUCUCCAAAGCGCAAGAGGAACUUCUACUACAUCACCAUGCUCCGAGACCCUGUGUCACGUUACCUGAGCGAAUGGAAGCACGUGCAACGUGGUGCCACCUGGAAGACUUCCCUUCACAUGUGUGACGGCCGGUCGCCCACACAGGACGAGCUGCCCACCUGCUAUAACGGAGACGACUGGUCGGGGGUCACGCUGCACGAGUUCAUGGACUGCCCUUCAAACCUGGCCAACAACCGGCAGGUGCGCAUGCUGGCCGAUCUCAGCCUGGUGGGCUGCUACAACCUCUCCACCAUGAACGAGAGCGAGCGCAACCCCAUUCUCUUAGCCAGCGCCAAGAGUAACCUGAAGAACAUGGCCUUCUACGGCCUGACGGAGUUCCAGCGCAAGACGCAGUACCUGUUCGAGCGCACUUUCCGUCUGCGGUUCAUUUCCGCCUUCACUCAGAUCAACAGCACGCGUGCCGCCAAUGUAGAGCUGCGUGACGACAUGCGCAGACGCAUUGAGCAACUGAAUUUCCUGGAUAUGCAGUUGUACGAGUUCGCCAAGGAACUUUUCCUGCAGAGAUACCAGUUCAUCCGGCAGCGUGAGCGGCAGGAGGAGAGAUUGAAGAGGCGAGAAGAGAAACGCUGGCUCAGGGAGCGCAGAGUCAACCAGAACAAACAGCCCAGUGUGGAAAACCAACCUCAGGUCACCACAACUGAGGACUAUGCCAGCCAAGUGGUCCAUUGGUGAUACCUCUUGGAAACAUGCACCGGGACACAGAGAACGUAAUGGCUCAAUUGAGGAAGAGAAGGUCACAUUUUGGGCUCUGUCAUUCAAUUUAGCUGG